AUGGUAUUGUCAGGUGGAGCGUCACCAUCGAAGCCGCCAGCAUCUAGAGCGGAGGCGCAACGAGUUCCUCAAAACCUCAUCACAGCGGUACGCGCUGCAAUCCGGAGUGGGCUCAGCCCCGAGCCGAACAAGAUGUAUGACUGUGAUGGCAAGUGGUACACGGUCGCUGCCAUUAUGGCGGCGAUCAAGGAGUUGCAGCUGAGCAAGAAGGAGCUGGACGCCAAGCAGAAGGGGACGACCCGGGACAUCCAUCUCGAGAUUUGGGAGGCGUUCAAGGACGAAAAGUUCAAGGUGCCCAGUUCCUUGGCGGACGACAGCAACAUCUUUGGCGCCGGCAUCAACCCCAACGUCGUACGCCAGCCGGACAUCAGCUUCCAGAAGUUGGCGACCAUGAGGACCGACCUCUUCAAGGACCACGGCGAAAUGUACUCGAACUCCAAGAAAUCUGGCAGCAACGGAGAGAUGUUUUCCUUCUGCAAGGAAAGCUUAGACACAUACUACUUCGGGCUGACGGCCGAGAAGUGCCCUGACAUCCUGGCCGUGUGCGACCAGAUGCUCCCCGACGGCACCGCGAGGGAGAGUACGGGGGUGGAGACCGCGGGAGACGGACACAGUGGUGCCCAGGGCACGUCGGCGGAUGCUAGUAAGCGGAAGGUCGCGAAAGUGGAAUCCAGGGAGAGGAACGUGGGCGUCAAUGGCCAGAAGAAAAAGAAGAAGCAGGACACGCAGAUCGAGAACACGGCGAAGGUCGCUAUGUCCGCAGUGAAGGGGGAGCUGGGCCUUGACGCCCUGGUCGGAACGUCGUCCGCACCCACGUACGCCGACGCCCCGACAUCCUUCUACGACACGAAGGAGGGGUUAGAGAACAAGGCGGCCAAACUCGAAUAUAUCGCCAAGCUCCGCAAAGAACUCCAGGAAAUCAAGGAGGACAUCAGGAAGGAGAAGGAGCUGGGUUCGGACGCUGACGAAGAAGACCUACAGCUCUUGCNGCUGGGUUCGGAUGCUGACAAAGAAGACCUACAGCUCUUGCGGGACCGGGCGACGACCGUGAGGGCCUAA